GACACGCAUAACUGCAUAAAUUAAGAUGGCGACUUGCUGAACGAAAACCUGCCCUUGUGAGACUUUCUUCCAAAAUUUCGUCCAUAUGAAGAAGAGAAAUUGGCCUCUAAAACAACAUGUCGGAAAUAAAUACCAGUGACCUCACUCCUGAUGAACUUCGGAGGGAACUUGAACGUCUGCAGACCGAGUUACAAGAAACGACCCAGGAGAAGGUGCAGGCUGCAGAAUACGGUCUUGCCGUUCUAGAGGAGAAAGAACGCCUUCGACAGCAGAUAGAGGAGGUAGAGGCGCAGUAUGAAGCCGUAAAACACGAGCUCGAUUGUGCCAAAGAGGCCCUUAGCAAACACCAGGACACCUUUCGAAAGCAGCAGAAGUCGGGGAUCCACCAUGAAGACACCUUUCUACAGGAGGCUGCCUCUAGGGAAGAAAGCUACAAGUCCACCCUUAUUGAGUAUGAGACCGAACUCAAAACCUGCAAGCAGGCAAUCGAUCGCUUUUCUUCAGAGAAUGAGCGUUUGAAUGCGGCUCUGCUGGAGUGUCAACAGCACAAUGAUAGUCUGGAGGAGCAGCGCAGGCAGAUCAAGAACGAGAUCCGCGAGUACAAGAUUCGAGAGAAUCGCAACUUGGCGGACUAUGCCGAACUUGAAGAUGAAAACAUCAUGCUGCAGAAGCAGGUUUCUCAACUUAAACAGAGCCAAGUAGAGUUUGAGGGCAUGAAGCAUGAAGUGAAGCGACUCCAGGAAGAGGCUGAUGACCUAAAUGUGCAGUUGGAUGAUGCUGUAAAUCUGAAAAAGAUCGUGGAUAAAAAUUAUGAAGAAGCGAUAGCAGCACUUCAACAUGAAAGAGAGCAGAAACAUGCCCUUAAGAAGGAACUGGACACUAGACUGAACCAGGAGUCCAUGUUUAACCUGAGUAACUUGGCUCAGCUGGGAGGGCUGACUGACGGAUUACCACGCUCUGUGAACCACGACAACGGAGUGGCUCCUGACGAGGACGAUAGCGAGAAUCCGGCUCUGAGGCGGAUUGAAGCCGACUUCAAGAAGGAUGAUACCAAGUCACCUGUGAAACCGGGGCCAGGAAAGGUGAAUGAUAUACUGAGUGAGAUACAGGAGAACGAAGUGAAAAAACUCGAACAAUUACUAGAGCAGAGUGAAUCGGAAAAAUCAGAGCUUCAGAAUGCUUUAGAGGAGGCUCAGAAACUCAUUGAGGACACUCAGAAGGACCUCAUCGAGCAAAAGAGCAGAGCCGAUCAACUCAAAGCUCAGAUAUCCUCAGUAAUCAGCUCACCUGAGUCUCCGGGUGUGGACGACUCGCUUGAUGACCUUAUCGCCAAGGAGACUGAUCCAGAAAAGAAGGCUCUGCUGGAGAUGAAGAAAAAUUUAGUUUCCAAUGAGCAGAAAUACUCAACAGCUUUAUCUGAGAUUACUCACUUACAGAGCGAGAUCAGCAAGCUGCAGGAGAAAGGGCACAGUGGGUCUAUGCAGGGAAACAAGGAGUUUGACAGUGCAAUUGAUGACUUAAGAAGUAAGUGUAACCAUUAUGAGGAGCUGAUCAAGGAUUUGGAGAAGGAUCUGAAGACAAUGACACUAGCCGCUGGGGAAGCUCAGGGAAGUCUAAAUACCACACAGGACGAGUUAGUCAGGACCACUGAGGAGCUAGCCCAGCUUUAUCAUCUUGUGUGUGAGGUUACUGGAGAAACGCCUAGCAGGGUUAUGUUAGACCAUGCAAAGGCAUCCUCACAACUCUCACGACAGGAGAAUGGUGAAGAAAAAGAAAGUGAAAACCAAGAUGAAACCUCACCAAAGACCACUAAAAAAUCAAAAUCCAAAAAAGACAUUUCUGGUAGUGAGAUUAAGGGUGAUCCUAUCUCCUGUUAUAAACUUACUGAGACAAUCAUUGAUCAAGUCAAGUAUCUCAGGAGAGCUGUGGAACAUCUCAUGGAGGUAUCUAGACAACGUGGAGAUGACUCAGAAAGUUCUGAUGUUCUAGAAUUACAAGAACAGAUUGUGAAACUCAAAGCCAUGUUGUCCACAAAGAGAGAACAAAUAGCCACACUCAGAAGUGUUCUUAAGGCCAACAAAUCAACAGCUGAAAUUGCUCUAGCUAAUCUCAAACAGAAGUACGAGAAUGAGAAAGUGAUAGUGACAGAAACUAUGAUGAAACUAAGAAAUGAACUGAAGGCACUCAAGGAAGAUGCCGCAACAUUUGCCUCAUUAAGAGCCAUUUUUGCCCAAAGAUGUGACGAGUAUGUCACACAACUGGACGAGCAACAGCGCCAACUAAUCAGCGCAGAGGAGGAGAAGAAAACCCUGAACUCGCUCCUACGAAUGGCGAUCCAGCAGAAACUGACGCUGACCCAGAGGCUGGAGGAUCUAGAGUUUGAUCGGGAGAGACGAAGUCUUAGGCGGCAAGAUGGGGGUGGAAGAGGGCGGAGUAAGACGGCGUCCAAAGUAAGUCACUCCCACAACUCUUAUCCUGACGAGCGGCCCGGGGGCGUGAGGUCUUAUCACCAUAACUACAGGCGUGAUUAUUAGUCGCCUGUUUGCGUGCUAACUUGAAUCCUCAAGGAAAAGAAGUGAGAUUUCCUGAGAGACGCCAGUACCAGAACAGAUCAGCUGAUACCAGACGUAGGGGCAUGCUAAAUACCCCGAAAGCUUCAUAUCUACCCUGAAGGAAAUUCUCCCUAAACUGGUGCACAAAGAGGAGAUGAGGGAUGAAGCUUAAGGACUUAUUUCAAAGCUACAAAACGUUUCUGUGAUAUCUCGUCUGGUAGACAGCAUUGCUUAUACAUGUAAAUCAUCGUGUUUUUAAAAAGCUGCAUUUUUUACCAGUGUUAUUUUUUUUCAGCUUAUAUAUGAGCAUUGGUAUAUAUAUAACCUAUGUAUUGUGUCAAGUGAUUUGAUCUGUACAGAUAUUAAUUAAUAUGCUGCCAAAGCCUGGUCACAGAUUGUGGAAGUGGUAUAUGGUAAAGUGGUGGUGCCAUUUGGUGGUGCCUUUAAGGCUGUGCCUGUCUCCACAUGAAGCCAUUCCAUGUACAGAAAGAUUGUAAUCAAUGUACACCAUAUGUAUUCAGUAUUCUAAUAUAUAGUCAUUUUCUAAUGGGUGUUCAUAUCAAAGGCAAUGAUUAGUAAUCUGGUUGCUUGUAGCAACUGUGCGAGACUUAGAUGUGUUCUGCAUGAAUUGUAAGUGUUUGAUUUCACGGGUAACUUUUUUUUUUUACUUUGCUGAAACACUGGGUUUUCCUCUAACUUUAUAUGUGCAUGCACAACUUGUGCUUAAAAACAAAUUACCAUGAAGAUAUUAUAAUAAGAUGUGAAUGUUUGAAGUUGUUGACUUGAUGUUUUCUAAACCUUGAUUUGUAAAUUAGAUGCUUUAUUGUAUUUAUUCAUUAUAAAGUCAUUUUAAAAAAAAGGUUGUACUAUGCAAGAACAACUAAAACUUGGAUCAACUUUUGCUAUUUUAACUAUUUUCUCAAUUUGUACAUGUAUAAAAUAUUUUGUUAUGGUAGUACCAAUGGAAUGGAUUUCAGUAAUAUAUUUUAAUUUAUUUCAAAUUUUAUUUAAUAUGAUAUAUUUUAGUUUGCUUGGAUGAAGCAUCCAUCUUAGUAAGUAAUGGUGUAAGACUGUGAUAAUUUUUUUUAAAAACAUGACAGAAUUUUCUAGACUUCCUUUAUCUUGGUUCCAGUGUGUUUGUCGCUUUAAAUCUUUAUAAGAAAAAUAUGGGCUUACACAUAUCAUCUUGGUAGAUAUAAGUUAGUCUAUAAUAUUUUCAGGACUAUGAGAAGUACAUUGUAUUGACUGCAUGUAAAUUUAAUGUAUUAAAAACAAAAUCAUUUACUAAAUAAUUCUUAUAUAUAAAAAGUUUAAAGUAAAUAUUCUCAGACAGAUUGGUCAUCAUUGUUGUCUUCUAAUCAAAUUGAAGUAGUUUUAAUUCCAGAGAAAGUCAUUUUAAUCAUGUAUCUACGAUUGUUACAGGCCAGACUAUGUGUUUUGUUAAAGAUCUGCAAUAAAAUACUAGGAUCAGUA